CAUCGCGGCGCGCCGGCGGCUGUCAGGGGCGCACGCGGGCUCCGCCGCGCCGGUCGCCGCCGCCCAGGCACCUGUUUCCCUUGGCAGGGGCAUUCCAAGGGGGGGUGUGGGUCCCUCCCGGAGGGAGGAGAAGGGUUUAAAGGCACGUUCCUCGCCCCGCCUGGCCCCCCCCCCCCGCGCCGGGUCCUUGAGGCCGAGACAGAGCAGCGAGCGAAGGUCCCGGCGGCGUCGGGCGCUGACACCCGUCCCUCCGCCCGCAGCUCCGAGUGCUGGGGAGAUGCCGGCCGGGCCGCGCCGCCGGGGCUCGGCGUGCCCAUGAGGCCGGCGGGGUGCAGGCGGCCGGGCAGCGGCGGCUCCGGUGGAGCAGCGGCGGGAAGAGGCGCUCGCCAUGGAGUUCACCGUCAUCGACUACAGCAUCUUCGCCCUGCUGCUGGUGCUGUCCUCCGCCAUCGGGCUCUUCUACGCGCUGAGCGGGGACCGGCAGCGCACGGUGCAGGAGUUCCUGCUGGCCAACCGCAACAUGGGCUUCCUGCCCGUCGCCCUCUCCCUGCUGGCCACCUUCCAGUCGGCCGUGGCCAUCCUGGGGGUGCCGGCCGAGAUCUACCGCUUCGGCACUGAGUACUGGUUCCUGGGCUGCUCCUACUUCCUGGGGCUGCUCAUCCCGGCCCACAUCUUCAUCCCCGUCUUCUACCGCCUGCGCAUCACCAGCACCUAUGAGUACCUGGAGCUGCGCUUCAACAAGACGGUGCGGGUCUUCGGCACCAUCACCUUCAUCUUCCAGAUGGUCAUCUACAUGGGGGUGGUGCUCUACGCGCCCGCGCUGGCCCUCAACGCGGUGACGGGCUUUGACCUCUGGAGCGCGGUGCUCACCAUAGGGCUGGUCUGCACCCUCUACACCACGCUGGGCGGGCUGAAGGCGGUCAUCUGGACAGACGUCUUCCAGACGCUGGUGAUGUUCGCGGGGCAGCUGGCCGUCAUCGUGGUGGGGGCCCGGCGGGUGGGCGGCAUGGCCCGCGUCUGGCGCCUGGCCGAGCAGCAGGGCAAGAUCUCCGGCAUCGACCUGGACCCUGACCCCUUCCAGCGGCACACCUUCUGGACGCUGGCGCUGGGGGGGGUCUUCAUGAUGCUGUCGCUGUACGGGGUGAACCAGGCGCAGGUGCAGCGGUACCUCAGCGCCCGCAGCGAGCGGGAGGCCAAGCUCUCCUGCUACGCCGUCUUCCCCUGCCAGCAGAUCGUCCUCUGCCUCAGCUGCCUCACCGGCCUCGUCAUGUUCGCCUACGACCGGGAGCACCCGCUGGCGCCCGCGCAGCGCCCCGGAUCCUCCGACCAGCUGGUGCUGUACUUCGUGAUGGACGUGCUGCAGGACCUGCCGGGGCUGCCCGGGCUCUUCGUCGCCUGCCUCUUCAGCGGGUCCCUCAGCACCAUCUCCUCCGCCUUCAACUCGCUGGCCACGGUGACGAUGGAGGACCUGGUGCGGCCCCACUGCCCCGGGCUGUCGGAGUCGCGGGCCACGCUGCUCUCCAAGCUGCUGGCUCUUGGGUAUGGAUUGCUGUGCCUGGGGAUGGCCUACGUCUCCUCCAUGCUGGGCCCCGUGCUGCAGGCGGCCAUCAGCAUCUUCGGCAUGGUAGGGGGCCCGCUCCUGGGGCUCUUCUGCCUGGGCAUGUUCUUCCCCUGCGCCAACCCCACGGGUGCCGUCGUGGGGCUGCUGGCCGGCCUGGCCAUGGCCUUCUGGGUGGGCAUCGGCAGCCUGCUGCGCAGCAUGGGGGCGGCCGGGGGGGCCCCCCCGCCCAACAGCACCGCACUCCCCGCCGUGGGCAACCUCACCACCAUCCUGGCCACCACCGCGCUGGCCCCCACCACGGCCCCCCACAGCCCCACGGGGCUGGAGAAGUUUUACAGCCUGUCCUACAUGUGGUACAGCGCCCACAACUCCACCACCGUCAUCCUGGUGGGGCUCCUGGUCAGCCUCGUCACCGGCCCGACGCCGGCGGCGGCCGUGGACCCCCGCACCAUCUCCCCGGUGCUGCCCCGCCUGCUGUGCUGCCUGCCCCACAAGUACCGGCAGAAGCUCUGCUGCGGGGGGGGCUUCCCCGACCAGGACGCCAACCAUGCGGACGCCGAGGUGAAGAGCAAGGGGGUCCCCAACGGCCUGCCCCCCCCGGGGCGGCGGGAGGAAGAGGAGGAACAGGGGUACAUCCGCGCGGUGGGGGCCCCCGCCUACACCCUGCAGGAGACCUCCUUCUGAGCCCCCCCCCCCGCCGUGGGGGUCCCAGCCACCUGCCCCCCCCCCCAGGGGGCAUGGGCCCCCCCCGUGGGGCACCCGGACACGGCCGGGGAGCACCAAAUAACUGGGGGGGGCUGGGUGGGCUGCAUCCCCCACACCGGGCUGGCCCCGAGCCCCCCACCCGGCUGCCCACACCGGGGACGCUGCCAGCCCCCCCCCCCAGGCCGGGGGGGCUCUGGGACCAGGGGUGUGGGGGCGAGUGGGAGCGGUGCCCUCUCCCCCCCCCCCAGGCUGGGACGUUGCUGGUGCCCCCUGCCUGGCCACGUGCCUUACCGCACCGCUCCGGGACGGGGGGGCCCAGACCCCCCAGGGCGCCGAGCGCCCAGACCCCCCCCAGCCCUCUGUCCCCCAUCUCUGUGUUUGUCCCCCCCAAUAAACGGUUCUGG